AUGUCUGAACGCUCUGUAUGCAAGACCGGCCCUAACGAUCGUCAAUUGGAAUACCAUCUUAGUCUGCUAAAGCUCGAGAGUCAAGAAGAGCAACUUGAAGAAAAUUCACUUGCGCCAGUGUUCACGAGCCACGUUCUCAGUCGUUGCUGCGAUCAAUCUCCGUCGAAGCCCGCUGGAGAAAUUUCGCAGUAUGGAUUAUUGGCUGGAAUCACGAAGGCAAGUGUGUCGGAUUCUGAGGUUCUUAAUGAUCGGAGCACUUGGGAAAAAGAUCCUAGGCUUUUUUUCAACGUUUCCUCCCCUUCUAGUACCUUCAUAUGUGGUUCUCAAGGGUCAGGGAAAAGUCAUACCUUGUCAUGUAUUCUGGAAGGCUGCUUGAUUCCCUCGAAAUCAGGGAACCUUUCAAGCCCUCUUACAGCUGUUGUGUUUCAUUAUGAUACCUUCAUCUGCGACAGCGGAGGAUCCCCUUGUGAAGCGGCCUUUCUUGCUUCAAAUUCGGAUAUCGAAAUCAGGGUCCUGUGUGCUCCCACAAACCUCCGAACUAUAAAGGGGACAUACUCAAGAUUCAAUAUCAAAGUCGAAGCAUUGAAGAUUGAUCAAGCAGAUCUUAACACCAAACGCAUGCUAGAUCUGAUGGCUGUUGGUCAUAAUAAUGGCCCACUUCCAUUAUAUAUGCACACUGUUCAGCGAAUUCUUCGUGAAAUGCGAGUUGAACAGCAAAGUCGUGGGACUGGUUUUGAUUAUGCUGGGUUUAAGACCAGAAUACUUGUUUCUGGACUUACUCCAGGCCAACUCGAGCCAUUAAAGCAACGUCUCGAUACUUUGGAGAGUUUCAUGCCUUCAAAACAGGCAUUUCCACAUAUUGGGGCAAAGGUCAAAGCAAAAAGAAGGGGCUCUGAUUGGACGCCACGGCCGAGUCAACUGACCAUAGUCGACCUUUCCUGCCCGUGCAUCUCUUCUGAUACGGCUUGUUCCCUUUUCAACAUAUGCUUAGGAAUAUUUUUAGAACAAAACACAGAUGUCGGUCGCAUAGUGGCGCUGGAUGAGGCCCACAAAUAUAUGGACAGUUCUGUUGAAGCACGAUCUUUCACCGAAUCUCUUCUAUCUGCUGUGAGACUCCAGCGCCACCUUGGAGUCCGCAUUGUGAUUUCAACCCAAGAGCCGACAAUAUCGACCGCUCUUCUUGGCCUCUGCUCUAUCACCGUUGUUCAUCGAUUUUCGUCACCGGAGUGGCUUCGCGUUUUGAAGCACCAUAUAGCGGCUGUUGCGAUAGGCGAAGACGUCUCGAGAGAAUCCAGUACGCACAAAGAAUGCAGAAGUGUUUCCCAGAAAUCGCUGUUUGACAGAAUAGUCCGACUUCGAGUUGGUGAGGCUUUGCUUUUCUCCCCAAGUGCUGUGAUCGGAACCCCUGCAGGAAGUGACAUGGAUGGAAUAGUCCAAAAAUUGGGACCUGGAUUCCUAGAAGUGCGAGUCAGAAGUAGACUCACUGAAGAUGGUGGAAGAAGCGUUAUGGCUUGA